AUGGUCACAUGCUCGUGUCUGUGUAUUCAAGCGCAUGUAUCUAUCUACGUCGGUGGCCAGAUUGUUGUUUCUCGCGCAUUCAACCUCAAUUAUCCAACUCCAUUCGACUUUAUCAUCAAGAUGGUCCGGUCUUGCCAGCCCACCGCAGCUGAGUGUCCCUACUCUGUCGUCUCCUGCAACGGAAGGGUCUGCUCCUCACAACAACUAUUCCUCUCUUCCCCGCUCGGUGUCCCAAACUCUAACGUACUCAAAGGUCAAAUGAUUUCGCAUCUUGCCAACUUCUCACUCAACUCGGCCCAAACCACAACCCCUUUAUCGGUCAUGAUUAGGCAUGCCACAACCUUGGACUUGUUUCUUCUCUACUUUUGCCCUACCCUCUCAUCAUCUUUUCUCGUUUUGAGAGCGUCCAAAAAAUACCGUUCUUGUGCUUGA